CCGUCACUUCACCGCUCACGCGCGUGCACGCCUUUCGCUUCCGGUUCAACAUGGCGGCAACCAUGAAGAAAGGAGUGGCAGCUGAAGAUGUCAAUGUGACAUUUGAAGACCAGCAGAAGAUAAACAAGUUUGCCAGAAAUACAAAUCGGAUGUCGGAACUGAAAGAUGAAAUUGAGGCCAAAAAGAAAUCCUUACAGAAUCUAGAGGAUGCCAGUGAUGACCUCAUGAUGUGUGAUGACGAUGCUAUGUUGAUCCCAUAUCAGAUCGGAGAUGUCUUCAUCAGUCACUCUCAAGAAGAGACACAGGAAUUGUUGGAGGCAGCGAAGGAAGCUCUGCAGGAGGAGAUCAAAGGUCUGGAGGGCCGCGUGUCAUCCAUACAGGGGGUGCUUGGAGAUCUUAAGGUUCAGCUGUAUGCCAAGUUUGGAAACAACAUUAAUCUCGAGGCAGAUGAAAGCUGAAACUUCAAGCAUGUGGACUUGACACAGUUAAACUGUGGACUGUUAAACUCCAACAGCACAUUUCCAUAACCGCUUUCUGUACUGUUUCCUCUGCUGAUGGUGUUUUUUGAAAUUUCACAUGUUUUGUUUGGUGAAUUGUAUGACGUGAGCUGUUGUUGAGCUGGUUUUUGAGCCGGCUGGAUGGAGCAUCGGGAAAGAAAAGAAAAGGCACUGAUAUUAAAAAUAAAAAGCAAAACUGUAACAUU